UGAUAACACCCCCCAGAUUCUAUUCCCUUCCCAAGCACCUGAGGGUUCAUCAGUCUUUGAGAUGGUGCCUCGCUCAGCUGAAUCAGGCUAUUUAGUGACAAAAGUGGUAGCGGUGGAUGCUGACUCUGGACACAAUUCGUGGCUCUCUUUCCAUCUGCUACAGGCCACAGAGCCUUCCCUCUUCACUAUUGGCUCUCACACAGGAGAGAUUCAAACAGCGCGAGUGUUACUUGAGAGAGAUGCUGUGAAGCAGAGACUGGUCGUCAUGGUGAAGGAUAAUGGGCAUCCUCCCCUCUCAGCCACAGUGACUGUGAACCUGGUGUUUGCAGAGAACUUCCAGGAGGCCCUGCCAGAGAUGAACUCCCAACCUAGUGAUUUAGGGUCUCCAUCUGAUCUACAGUUUUACUUGGUGUUGGCUUUGGCUUUGGUGUCCUUCCUGUUCUUGGUGACGGUGACAUUGACCAUCAUGAUGAGAUUCCAAAGAUCAAAGAACCCCACUUUCCUUCAGUGUUUUGUCCCUGAUCCUCAUUCUAAGACUGGAGCCUUUUUUCCCCCAAAUUAUGAGGAAGGGACUUUGCCUUAUUCAUACCAGGUCUGUCUGUCCUCUGAAUCCAGACGGAAUGAAUUUGCUUUCUUGCAACCUAGCGUCCAAAUAGCCCAGAAUAUCCUUGGCAAUGGGCAAUCUGAUCUUUCUUUGAUGUUUAGUGAAGGCAGCCAUUUGAAUUCUGAAAUGAAGACUGGAGACACG